AUGGCCCGGUCCUCCAGCAUGGCCAGUGACGGCCACGAACGCCUGGAGCCACGCCUGCUUCGGGCAGCCGAGAACGACGACACCGAAGCCCUCCGCACGGUAAUCGCACUGGCCCGGGAAUACAACCAAUUCAGCGACAAUUUCCUGCGUGUGGCCGUCAUGCGCAGCGCCGAGCGAGGCUCCGUCGCCGCGACCGAGUUCCUCCUCCAACUCGGCGCGAAAACAGACGUAACGGGGAAUCGACCGUCACCGCUGCUCCGCGCCGUCGAGCGCGAUCACUAUCAGAUUGUGCGCCUGUUGCUGGACCACGGCGCCUCGCCGGAUACUACUGAUAAGGAGGGGCGUACGGCGCUGAUGACGGCGGCGUGGAAGAAUCAUGCCGAUAUUCUGCAGCUGUUGAUUAUGCGCGGGGCGAACGUGAAUGCGAGGGAUCAUCGGAAGCGCAAUGUGUUGCACAAUCUGGCAGCGGAUAAAGAGUGUCGGUGGGGAUGGGGUGAUGAGAUUGUGACAUUGCUCUUGAGGACGGAUUGUCUGGUUGAUGGGCUUGAAGGGCAGGAUGAUUUGGGUAGGACGCCAUUACAUUGGGCUUGUGCCCAGGGAAACUGGAGACUUGCAGACUUGCUGUUGACCAGGCCGGACGGGCCCAAGGCGAAUAUUGAUGCGGCCGAGUUGAGAGGGAAGACAGCGUUGCAUAUUGCGACUGCGCAUGAUAGGGCGGAUAUCAUUCAAUUACUGUUGCAGCAUGAUGCUGCGGUUAAUGCUUGCAGUGAUGGUGGAUGGAUGCCGCUUCAUAAUGCAUGUGAACGAGGGUGCGAGGCCAUUGUUCGCCUUUUACUUCGUGCUGGGGCGCAUAUUAAUAGCCAGCUCUUGAACGGCGUGACCCCUUUGCAUCUCGCGGCGCAGGGUGGCCAUACAGAAGUUGUCAAGUGUCUGUUGGAGCGACCUGAUUUGAAACGUCGAGUUCGCGAUACCUUUGGCAGUACGCCUUUCCUGCGAGCGGCGCAGUUCAAGCGCAAGGACAUUGUUUUGCUUUUGGCGCCGUUUAAUAAUGUUGAGUCUCUGUCCGAGGAUGUGAAAGGUGCCUCCGCAGCCUUUGAUGCCACCGUUGUCGACUUUGGCAAUUUCCACAAUGAGAAUCGUGUCAAACGGAUGUCGGUCUUUAACCUGCUUUAUGGUCGAGAUCCAGAGAAUCCUCGCAAGCAAGCCGUGACUACGGUGCCGGCUGAUAGCCGUGCCACUGACUUUCGCUGGAUUCAUCUUCCCGCAAAUAACAUGGCUUGGGUCGAGGCACUCCUCACCAAGUCAUUCAUUGAAGAAGGUGCGCAUGAUGUUGAUGGUUUCAAGGGUCUGGAGAAAUCCUUCAACUAUCAGCAUCGCGGACAGAAGAUACACUCACAUUUCAUGCGGCCCCUAUGCCAGCAUACCCCUCGCUCAUCUGAGCGGCGAGACGAAGAGAAGCUGGAGAGGCAGCAGUCAGAUACUGCACCGUCCGUCAUGACGGAUUCCAGCUCUACCUCUCGCAAACCAAAGGGACCCAGCAGCAAACUUGACCGGGUAGACUCUCAUUCGCACGAUGAAAGUAGCGGAGGUGCACCGGGAAAGAAAACCAAACAGAAGAAACCCGGCAAAUUAGGAAGCAAUCCAGGAACCCCCAAGACAGAAGGGAAAAACAAGUCACCAUGGGGGCCGACAGAAAAACAACCGCGCUCUCCUCAUCAUUCUUUGAACCUCUGCCGGGAUCCUCAAGCUGGCCAUAACUCGGCCUGCAAUGUCUGUGUGUUCAUGCCUUAUCUGCAUUUUGAAACUGCGGAGCGCAGACAAAAGAUGCAAGAAGCGAUCCAGCGGGCUGAGAUGUUGAGUUUCCAACCCAGUGGUAUGAAACGAACUCGCACGCGUGAUGAGAUGCUGAUCGAUGCGCAUCUGUCCUCCUCGACGACCUCCUUGCACGUCCGUCGAACUUUGGACCAAUUCUACUAUCCAAACAUUGAUACCCAGAGCCGUGACCAGGAUCAAGUGGUAUAUCGAUACCAGACUAAAGGACCUGGGCGUGAAGGGCCGGGCACGGAUCCUAAGAUCUUCAUGGUUGAUCAGCUGUGGAUGUGGGUUCUCGGCACCAACCUCAUCGUGACCAGUUUCCCACAGCGAUGGGACCAGCCGAAGAAUGAUCCUCUUAAUGUGCUGGACGGGAUCAUCGAGGACAUCAAUUCCAAGACGCGAGACCCCGUGAGGUCGGUGUAUGAUCUUGCUAUUAUCAUCACCAAUCGAUGCUCGGGUGUGUUCGACCGUCACCGUCUCGGUGAUGACGAGUAUCAGUUCCUGGACAUGUUUGAGUCAUCAAUUGGUAUCGCCACGGACCGCGAAACGCUACUUUUCAACCGCUUCAAUCAUGCAUCCGUGCAAGCAUCUGCCUGGCUGAAGAGUCACCGAAAACUGAAUCCACUGUCGCACAGCUCGGCCCGUUCAAUCACCGGCCGUGAUACAGCAGAGGAAAUCAAGCCAUCCGAUGACGAGGACUAUUAUCUGGACGAUGGCCAACCGCUGUUUGUCGACCGUCUGCUGGAUAUCGGUGAAGAAACCGAUCUACUGGCAGAAACGAAAGAUAUUCGAGACGAAUUAAACAUGAUCCGUACUGUGCUGGAUCAUCAGAAACAUGUCCUGGUGGACUUUCAAGAUGUCAUCUGCUCGGUCUACCUGGCCCAGCAAAUCUCCCAAGUGGACGUCAAGAAGCGCUUCAAGGAUCAGCAACGCAUGAUCGACAUGCACCUGAAAGAUAUCGAUCGUAUGGAUAAACAAGCCGAGCGUAUCUACCACUCCAUCACGGAUCUACUCGACCUCAAGCAAAAACACGCCAACGCCUUCGAGGCUCGUUUCGCCCGCGACCAAGCAGCGGGUACGACACGGCAAAGCAAGACGAUUAUGGUGUUCACCAUUGUCACAAUUAUCUUCUUGCCGCUGUCCUUCAUCACAUCAAUUUUCACAAUCAACAUGAAAGAAUUCGAGAAUUUGAAUCUAGGAUAUGUUGCCCGAUAUACCUUUGGCAUUGGAUUUGCCAUUUCAAUCCCGCUUAUUUUGCUCGCACUGUCCGUGGAUGAUAUUGGAGAUUUCUUCCGAUCGGGAACACUUCGCAGUCGAAGUUGGUUAUCUCGCAAAGACAAACACGCUCCUGCGGUUGACCGUGGCGAGGGCCAGCUCCAGGCUCUUGAAAUUGAAAAGAUUAUCAGUCUGGCACGGACAAGGAGAAGCGAGGAGCUAGAAUACGGGCCAAGCCUGCUGCCUAUUUCUACUCGUGGCUCGGGAGGUCAUAGAGCCCCGGCCGACCUUUAUGCCAACGGGUUAGGCACUGGUUUGGUGCGGAAAAGUUAUGAAGUCCGCCGUAGUGUGGAAUACAGACCUUAUACAUGA